AAAUAGUAGAAACGGUAGAAAUGGUAGAAAUGGUAGAAACGGUAAAAAUAGUAGAAAUAGUAGAAAUAGUAGAAAUGGUAGAAAUAGUGGAAAUGGUAGAAAUGGUAAAAAUAGUAGAAAUG